AUGGCUUCCUACGGAGGUCCUCCUGGCCCUCGCAGAGGCGGCCCCUAUGAUUAUCCUCCUUCCCCGUAUGAUACCCAUUCUCAGUAUGCUGGAUAUCAUGAUUACGCCCCCCCACCUCAACAACACCAACACCAACACCAGCAUCAACAUCAACAUCCGCACCAGCAGCAAUCUCAGUCAGCGCAUGGGAUGGGACUGUCUCCUCCCAGAAGCAGUGGACCACCUGCCCCGCAUGAUUAUUGGUCUCAGCAAGGUCCUCCUCGACGACCAGCUCCCGGUUGGCACGGCCAUGAAGCUCCUCCUUACGAUCACAGAAUAGCCCAUCAACCUCAUCAUAAUCAUCAUCAGCAACCACCACCACCAUCUAAUCAACAGCAGGGCUACCCUCCUUAUCCUCCUCAAAGGCAUGCCCAUCACCAUGCCCAUCAUGCUUCUGUUCCUCCACCUCACAUGAGAAGUCCCCAUCCGUCUGAUGGCAGACCCUACAUGCCGGAUGUACAACAACCUCCUCAGAUCAUGCGUGGCCCACGUGAGCUACCACCUCAUGUGACUCGAACUCCUCCUCGGCCGACCAAACAAGCAUUUGCUCCCGUGGCGGAAACACCGGUGAGAAGCAUUACAGCUACCAUGUCUCCCGCCAACAGAGUUACGGACGAAGCAAAACCCAAAAGCGACAAGGAGGAUAGCACGAAUGAAGCCUCUGCUGAGAAAGAGGGAGCUGAUGCAAAUAAUGCAGAUGGGAAGAAACCAAAAGGAAAGGGAAAAGGAAAGGGAGAUCCGUUGUCACUGCUGGCGAAAGUAUGCAAACAGGAAUCAGAAGACGAACCACCAGAAGCCCCUGCUACACCGGCACCUGUACCAACGUCCCCGGCAUCAAGACGUCCUCGACCGAGUCCGGUCGUUACUCCCGCAUCGACACCAUUGGGAAAACCUCCUCUAAUGCCCCACCCACAGAUAUCACCAGUGGACCACAGGGCCGAAGGAGGCUAUUGGGCAGCUGAACCAGCUCCAGAACAUCAUCAUUAUCCAAGGAGGCAUCCUGCUCCUCCAACACGAGGUGGGGAGACUGGUCCGUUUUCCCCUCCCGGCAACACCAACAACCGUCCAUAUGGUAGCGGUGGUCCGCCACCGACGGCGGCAGGAGCUCCACCUGCAGCAUCUGGGGGCUACCCGCCGGAAUGGAGACAGAAUGACAGCCCCACUCCUGCUCUUGUCGAACGUGGUUCGUUUGACAGUGUGGACGCUGGGCCGCCAUCAGAGCACGCGGCACCGUACGAUUCGAGGCGACCGCCUUAUUACGGCGAGUAUCCUCCGCAAUCAAGGGCCCAUCCUUCCCACAUGGCAGCACGAAAGUAUCCUCCUCAUCGUUGGUCGUCACCGUACCCACCGGAUCCACGUUCGGCGGGACCGUACCAGCAUCAUGAGAUGGGACCUCCUCCACAUCACGCGGAUCCCUACGGCAGCAGUAGCAGCAAUCCGAAUCAGUCUGCUCACACCCCUUCGCCCUAUCCAGAAGGUCCCCAUUCUCACUCACAUGCCAGUCGAACACCCUAUCCACCACCUCCGCCACAGUCGCAUCAUUCGUACGGUCCGCCUCCGCCACAUCAUCAAUAUCCUCAUCACCAUCCUCAUCAUCAGUAUCCUGGCAGCCACAUGCCCAUGCCUCCUCAUGGCGGUGGCCCACCGUCGACUCCCAUGCACGGUCCUCCACCGCCUCGUCCGUCCAUGCAGUAUGCGCCGUACACGUACGUGCAGCAGCCGCACUUGGAGGAAAAGACGGUACUGCGAAAAAAGUUCUCGUGGAAACAUUUUCCGGAACUGGAGCGCUUCUUGAUUGCCAAUCGGGACGAAUAUCUCAAGCACUCCAAUAUGAACUACACGGCGGAACAAAAGCAGUACAACAAUUGGUUGACGGAGCGAUUGUUGGAGGUGGCUGCCGAACACCACUACGCCUUUGACCCUGAAGAUUUCAACUUUGUGGCGAUUCGAGAUCGCAUUCGGUGCUAUUACAAGAGUUAUGUUCAGACGGCGAGAAAGAGAGGAAUGAAUUUGCCAACUAAGAAUGAUGGGUUGCUACCUGCCAAAAAGAAGUUUCGUCCUUCAGAUGAAGUAGGCAGUACUGGUAGCUUCACAACUCUGCCGACGGUCUCCAUGGCUGCAGGUGACAAGAGAGAGGAAGGUGCUGGCAGCAAGGAGAAGAGCAGCAAUGUCAAGGAGGAGCAGACUGACAAGCCAACGUCAUCUUAG